AUGGACGCCCUCGUUUACCGCAAGAACACCGUCCCCGAGCGCCAGCGCGCCCUCCAGGCCGACACCCGCCCCGUCUACCAGAGGCUGCCCCGCUCGCGCCUCUACAUGGGUGUCUACAUGGCCCUCUUCGGCAUCGGCAUGUACGGCUCCUUUGCCGGCUUCUACAACAUGGCUGUCGGCAAGAAGCGCCAGUAA